AUGGAUAAGAGGCAGAUCGAAAGAUCCGUAUCCUCUCCCGUUUGUAAUAAAAAACCUAGAAUAAGACAUGAAAGUACAGGCAAGGAGAACAAUCCACUACCAUUAGAUAGACCAAAGAACGAUAGAAAAGUAGAAGUGGUUUCCAAGAAGACGAAAUAUUUUUUCAAUCCGAUUGAUACGUUAAUGGAGAAUCCUCACCGUAUUAGUUCUGAAAAAAAGGAGCAGGUGAAGGAGACUGAAACAAAGAACGUUUCUUAUAAUCCCGAUGAAAGUUAUGACAGAAUGUUGCAGGAAUUGCAGAGCUCAGAUGACAGCUUUGAAGGGGUGAAAUGGAGAGCCAGCCCUAAGAAACUUAUGGUAAGAAAAGUUUUGCCAUCUUCACCGUUGAGAGAAGUACAUAAUCAAUCGAACAAGGAUUCAAGUGGAAUCACUGUCCUCAACGAGCAGGCAAACUCAGUUUUAACUAAAUAUGGGUCUGAUUUUCAAAAUAUCAUGUCUCAAACACCCAGAAUAAUUCGAGCUCGCUCAGAUAUAUCUUCUGCUGAGAGCAUCCAUAAGAAAAGAAAUCUAACCACAACUGAGCCCCAAUCACCGUCUUUAGUCAGAGCAAUGUCCAGCGGAUGUAAACGCUUCUCAAGUGAGAAAAAUUUGAGAAAUGAAGAGGGUGGGCCCAAAAAACUUCUAGAUGGUACACUUGCAGGAACAUUAAAUAACUGGAUAGAUAAGUUUGAUAUGUCUGGAUCUGUUCAUGCAUCAUUAUCUUAUUCUGACCAUAAGCAAUCUGAUUUGAAACCGAAUACUACUAAGGAUGCGAAUCAAAUCGAUAUUCAGCAAAUAGACUUCAGCGAUGAGUUCAGUGACUCAUCACAACCAAAGGGAGAGGAAACGACAAACUUUGGAGAAAGUUGUGUAGCUGGGGACUCUUCAUCCGAAGAUCCAUUUUCCGACGACGACGAUCAAAUUUUACAAGUGUUAAAUAUGCAAGAUGAGCCUCGUGCCGUCUCAGAAAACAUUGUAAUUAACCAAGAAGAUGGGAAAAGAAAUUCAGAAGCAAAAGAGAAUGCUUUAAAUGUUUUAGGUCAUGAAAGCAUUGAUGCGGAUGAUCCUUUUUCCGAUGACGAUCUCGAUUUCCUUGAAGUUAAGGCAAGAACUACACUUGACUCAGAAAAGACUGGACCGCUUGCAUUGCAAAACAACAAAACUUCCAGGCAUGUUAGUGACUAUAGAAGUGAAUCAAAAAUUUCUUUUCUGAGACGUGAAUUAAGGAGGUAUGAAAUAAUUGAUAUAAAGAGUUCUUCGUACAAUGUGAAGGGAAGAAAAAGAGAACAAUUGUUGUUAAGUGUUGUUAAUUCAACUAAAGCAGAUAGCAAAUUAAUUGUAAGGGGAGAGUAUUCAGAACUUGAUUUUAAUAUUGGUGAUAUAAUUCAUCUUAUUAUCACUGAUUCUUCAAAUGAGAGACUUGUUGAUGACACUAAAAACUUAUUGAUAUGGAAUCCAGACAUCUUAGUGUCAGCAACUACUGUCUCGCAGCAGCUUGGUUGUCCGAGGAAGACUGUCUUAUUGAACAGAUUCAGUUUUCCUUCCGCGUCUUCGCUCCCUUUAUUAGUUGGAGUUAUAAUACAUAGCAUAUUCCAAUCAUGUUUUAUUUCUGAAAACUGGUGUCUUGAGUUCAUGAAAAAAAUUUUAAAAGUCGAAAUCGAACAGCAUCUUAUUGAGAUUUUAAGUUUAAAUCAAGGAAUCGAAACGGUUCAAUGUGAAAUUGAAAAACAACUUCCAUACUUGAAAACCUGGUUUGAUACAUAUUAUAAAAAGCCUUUAUCUUCAAAUGUCUCAAUUCCAACGAACCAUUAUAAGAAGAAUAUUUUGUUUUCUGCUACAGAAGCUCUUGAUGUAGAAGAGAAUAUCUGGUCACCCAUGUUUGGAAUAAAGGGAAUGGUAGAUGUUACACUUGAGGCAAAAAUUGCAUCAGAAAACUCUCGUGGAAAAUUUUUAUUACCGAUGGAAAUAAAGACUGGGAAAGAGCAUAUAAGCCAUCAGGCACAGUCGUCUUUGUAUUCCCUUCUUUUUAAAGAUAGAUACGAUAUGGAUGUAAACUCUUUUCUUUUAGUUUAUACUAAAGAAAGGAUUACUAAACAAUAUGACAUUAGUCCAGCAGAUUUAAGAUCAUUGGUUAACCUUCGAAAUAGAAUUACUAAAUACCUAAAGGAAAACACUCGAGAAUUACCACCGCUCAUCAAACAGUCACAAUGCGAUCGAUGUGAAAUUCAAGAACCCUGUAUGGUCAUUAAUAAUUUAAUCGAGGAUGGUUGCUCGAAAGACUGCGGAAUUAAAGAAGACGUCUUCGAAAGCAUCAAUGCACAUUUGAACGAAAAAGCACACUAUAAGAAUUUUUACAACCACUGGGAUGACUUAAUAACGAAAGAAGAAAGUAUUAUGAUGAAACUAAAACGCGACCUUUGGAAGUUUUCUGCCAUAGAAAGGGAAAGUGAUAACGGAAAAGCAAUUGGUGAUUUAGUACUCAAAGAAUCCGACGAUUUAAGUGAUUCGCAAGAAGAGUUUAUUUAUACGUUCGAAAAGCUGACUCCUCUAUCUAACUUGCAAGAUUCUCAGUUGUCUAAAAGCGAUAAGGUGAUUGUUAGCGAUGAAAGCGGUCAUUUUGCUAUUGCUCAAGGUUUUGUCGUUACUAUAUCGCCAUCAAUCUUAAAAAUUUCCACCAACAGGAGAAUAAUCAGCUCGGAUAUGAAGCUUAAAGACUUCAACAUGCUCAACAAUCAGUCAUUUCAAGGAGUCUUGCACAAAUCUCAAUUUGUAGGUGGCCCUAAGAAGACUUUCAGAGUUGACAAAGAUGACAUGUUUCAUGGGCUCAGCCUUGCCAGAUUCAACCUCUUGAAUCUAUUUUUGCCAAACGGAGAUCAUCGUAGACGAGAAGCAGUUGUUGAUUUGAAGGCACCGAAGUUCUCGAAGAGCCCAAUGAAAUAUACUGUUGCUGGCCACUUCAACUCAGAUCAGCUUCAAGCGUUUGAAAAAGUAUUGCGCACGGAAGAUUACUCCCUAAUCCUCGGAAUGCCUGGUACUGGAAAGACAUCCGUUAUAGCAGAACUAAUAAGGCUCAUAGUUCAAAACGGGAAGACAGUAUUCUUGGCUUCAUAUACACAUUCUGCCGUUGACAAUAUUCUUCUCAAGGUUAAAGAUUAUGGAAUAGAUAUAUUAAGGAUCGGCUCUCCUUCAAAGGUACACAAGGACUUGAGAAGAUUUUUACCGAACUUUGAUGCAAGUAAAAAGGUUGAAAACUAUAAUGAUUUAAUGAAGACGUAUGUUGAGCCACCUGUUGUCGCAUCAACGUGUCUUGGUAUCAAUGACAUAACUUUUAAUUUGCGCCAAAAAUUUGAUUUCUGCAUAAUCGACGAAGCAUCGCAAGUCUCCAUGCCUGUAAAUCUUGGACCCCUAAGAUUUUGUGACAAAUUCGUUUUAGUUGGAGAUCAUUUUCAACUACCUCCAUUAGUUCAACAUCAUAGUCAAGCAGUCAAAACAGGGCUCUCACAAUCUCUUUUCAAAAUUUUAGCAGAAAAUCACCCACAAAGUGUGGUUGAGUUAACAUAUCAGUAUCGUAUGUGUAAAGAGAUUAUGCACUUAUCCAAUGUCCUCAUAUAUAAUGGACGCUUGAAGUGUGGUUCUGAAGAAGUGUCCAACAAGUGUCUAUAUAUUCCUCACCCUGAAUGUAUUAAGAAAUACAGCGUUGGUGAGAUAAAUAUGAAAAAUCAUUGGAUGCAAUGGAUUCUCAAAAUGGAGAACAAAGUUCUCUUCCUAAAUCAUGAUCAAGUACCAGGAAAUGAAAGGAAAGUUGGUGAAAAGAUCGAAAAUAUGGUCGAGGUCGAGCUUACGAAACAGAUCGUAGAAGGGUUGAUAUGCUGUGGAGUAAAGCAGAAUGAUAUCGGUGUCAUGUCUUUAUACAGGUCUCAAUUGAAGUUAUUACGAAGGGCAUUAAAUGCAACUCAAGAUAUAGAAAUUUUGACAGCAGAUCAAUUUCAAGGAAGGGAUAAGGAAUGCAUAGUAAUAUCUCUUGUUCGUUCAAAUGCAGAAGGUCAAAUAGGUGACCUUAUUAAGGAAUGGCGAAGGGUAAAUGUGGCAAUUACAAGAUCAAAGUCAAAACUCAUCAUCUUAGGAUCGAAAUCUACUUUAUCAAGUGCCGAAUCCACCCGAUCCUUUGUGGAGGUCUUGAGUGAGAAAGGAUGGGUCUAUGAUUUACCAUUCAAUGCGUCUCAAUUUUACGACUUUCCUUCCUCAACAUUUAGCUCUCAGAAUAGUACCAAACGAAAUAGUGUCAAAAUCAAUGGCAGUCAAAUUGUGAACUCCAAACUAAUUAAAGAGCAUCCAAUAAUAAGAGACAUCAUAAACGAUAUCAAAAAUUAG